AUGUCCGGGACCGCGAAGAAGUUCCCCGGGCCCGCGCCUGAGAUCAACAAGCCGAAGCGCGCGACGCCGUACGUCCCCAAGCUCCCGAAGGACGGCGGCGGCGGCGCGGGCGCGUCGUCGUCGUCGAACGGCGCGAAUCCGUUCGCGCGGCAGCUCGCGAGCGGGGACAAGGAGGUGCGCGACGCGACGUUCGCGGCGCUCGCGAAGUGGUUGAACGCGAGGAAAGACGUCCCGAUGCUCGACAUGAAGAAGAUAUGGAAAGGUCUCUUCUACGCGAUGUGGCACGCGGACGGGUGGGACGUCCAGGAGGAGCUCGCCGAGCGCAUGGGCGAGGCCGUGCACGAGAUGAAGCACAAAGUCGCGCUGUGUUACCUCGGCGUGUUUUACAUCACCGCGCGAAGGGAGUGGAUCGGGAUCGAUCGUCACCGGAUGGACAAGUACCUACGGCUCGUGCGUCGCAUGACGUCGCACGCGCUCAGGUACUGCGCGAACCGCGACUGGGCGGAGGGCGCGACGUCGGACGUGUCGCAGAUGUUUACGCGCGCGGCGAUGGCGCCGGCGUCGGCGCCAAACGCGCCGAGCGAACGCGGCGUCGUCGACGUCGGCCUGCGCCUGCACCUCGCGGAGGUUUUCGUGCCGGAGUUGCGCAAGGUG